UUUCAUUUUAUAAUGCGCCAGUAACAAAUUUCCUUAUACUGGCGUAGUUUAAAAAUCGAAGGCCGGGCAUGUUUACAGAUUUCGGUAAGCCAUGCACAAAGAAUUUUAUAAGAUUCUAGUGUGCAAUUUCUGCUUGCAUGCAGUCCAAACUGCAGUUAAACUGCACUUUCCAUAUCACGUCUCAAGCUCCUUGUCUAAACCGCAGUAGUUAUCCACCUUUUAACCAUACAAAACACUGUGUUCAAAUAGUAGGUAGACUACAGUUUACACAGCCACCAUGAAAAUUUUUGUGGGACUUAAGGAGUUUUCUAUGAAAUCGUCUUAAGUAUGUGAUCUUAAAUCGACGAAUUUUCAAUCCGUGAGUAUGAAAGUAAACACACAUAUUUUAUAGAGCUACUAGAUCGCCGCAACCCAAAAAAAUUGUCGUAGCUUUAUGGAAAUUGAUCGUAAAAUUACAAUUGAAAGUUUUCAAUUUAAGCGUUUCGUGUUGACAUACAAUUUAUCGACAAAGCAAGAAUAGGCUGUAAUCUUUUAAAAAAAUCGUAAAUAAAAAUUACGAAAAAUGGUAUAGAUUUACCUACUAGGACAGAGACCUGUAUCGGGCGGGUUGUCGGGUAAGAUGGGCGCGUGAGCGCACCUCGUUGUCGGGCCGUGUCCGCUCGCUCGACAAGCCAGCGCGACCCGCUCGCCCGCCCGGUAACUUUUAGUCGGGUUUGUCGGGUUGUCGGGCAGCCGAUAGACCCGCAAUGGGUGAGAGGUGAGGAGGGGAGUAGGUGCGGGGCAAGCUACCGGCCGGCAGCGGACUGUCAACCGAGCGUCUCACCGGCAAGGUGGGGGGGAGACAGUUGACAUCGUGCGCGCUCCCUCCCUCCGUUCGCCUGCCGUGGCCCGACAACCCGCCCGAUGCAGGUCUCUGUACUAGGAUAUGUUCCAGAGUGCAAGGGUCUGCAGUGGGACCGUCACGCCGCACUGAACGGGGAAGUUAAUAUCGAAACGGCAUCGUUUCGACGUCGAUUCCAUCAUAUUCCAAUAUUGUUUCGACGACGGUUGGACGUCGGCAGUUCAACUGGCAUCCCUCGCUCAUUCGCUGCUGAGUGAGGGUCGCGGUUGGACUCUCGACAUAUAUUAGAUGUUUCCAAAUUGUGUCCGAGUGUGUCCCACUUAUAUAUUACCACGCAUUGUCCGCACACACUUUCUCACACAAUUAUUGUCUAGACCCAAUCGCAUGUGCACUUUUCGGGCCGGCUCCACACCCCUACGUUUGUAGUUUUGUGUUACUUGGUGUUACUUCCUUCCUCUUUAUCUUGUUCUCUUUCUUUCUUUUUUUUUCGUGUAAAUCUCUCUCUCUCCCCAGGCGCCUGGCGUGCCGCCCUAUAGAGGGGGAGGAGACCGCACACUGACCGAACUAUUGCCUUCCAGACUCCUCCAAGAAGAAGGUGGUGCGCCCCAAGUCGUCUCCUCGGAAGAAGGCCCGCCUCUGGGCCAAGGGGGUGCUCUGCAGGAAGAAGCGGAAGGUGGCCGCGCGGGCAGGGCGCGCGCCCGGCAGGGCGGCGCAGGCCAAGGCCCCCGCCCAGGUGGAGCACGGGGCCGCGAGCCGCGCCUUGCACAAGGCAGAGAAAGACAUUCUGGAGGCUGUGAGCGAGAGGCUAGCUCAGGCUCAUCGAGAGGGGAGAGACACCGACCACUUGAUACAGUACGCCUUGGAGCGCGAGAACAUCAGGCAGGGCUGCACAGAAUGUACUUCUCUCCCUUACGUUUUCAAAUCGUUUAAACUUGACGGCCGCCUGAAGGGCGUCAAGUGGAUGUGUCUGACCUGUCGACCAGACGUCCCUGGGGACGCGGAGGGAGAGAAACACAUUCUAGAGUUGUUUGAGAACCUUUUCACUCGCGACAAAGAGAGUGUCGUGGUUUCGGAAGAAUUAAUGAUGCCUUCCAAAAUUGUUAUUCAAGGCUCGCCCCUUGCCCUUUUCGCCGUGGUGAUGCCCGAUGACUUCGAGCCUCAGCCCCAGGACUUGGUGAUCCGGAGAGGCCGAGGCCUUCCCGAUCCCGGGGAUCCCGAGGAUGUGGCUCGAGGCCCGUGGGCCGUGGUAGGGGAUGAGAACGCAAACAAAACGGUCUGCAAGCGCACAGACGCUGCCGACCCCGAGGCCUCCCCGACGGCCUCCCCCGCGGGCCCAGUCGGGCCGACGGGGUCCCCGGUGAGCUCGGGCGAGAGCGCCCAGGAGGAGCAGGGGCGGCGCCCCAAGGAGGCGGUAAAGGCGGAGCCGAGCUCUGGCGAGGAGACGAUCGGGGAGACCGAGGGAGAGGAGGCCCCCGCCACCGUGGCCGACGUGAAGGUUGAGGAGGACGCCGACGAGGAUCAGCGCAUUGAGGACGUGGUGCCCAAGGUGCACAAAGGCACGGGGCAGAAAGGUACCCGGCGACAAAAGGGCAAGAAGAAGACCGGACGGUCAGCUUCCAGGCGGCAGCGGGCAUGGCCUCAGCCACAAGACCCUCAGGGCCUGCAGGAGCCCCAACGCAACUCCCCGAAUGAAGGCGACAACAACGAUGGUGGUGAUGACGGCGAUGAUGACGGUGGUGGUGAUGGUGUUGACGCAGAUGACGUCCAGGGAGGCGUGGUGAAGCUGGAGGAGGCCGACAGCAGCGGCCAGGGUGACAACAGGGCCGCCGCCACCACCGGGUCGCCACCACCGUGCGCUCACACCACCACCGCCGACGGGGGCGAGGACGUGGGCGUCGACGAGUCUGCCCCAGCGGCCACCAGGGAGGAGGGGGAUGACAGCCCGCCUGAGCCUCGGCUCACGGAGGACGCGCCACACGUAGAAGACAAGUCGGUUAAAAAAAGGAGUAGAAAGCAGGCCGUAGACAAAAUCAGACAAUACAUCAGGAACUCGCUCGACUCCGAGAUGGAAAUUCCCCCUCCCGGCGACUCACUGUCCCCCUCGGUGGACUCGUCCUCCACCCCCAUGUCGCCCAGGGCUGCCCCCUCCAAACCGCCUCCCGCCGGGCGCAUGCGCACCAAGGCCGCGCGGAAGGCCGGCGUCGACGACAAGGGCGGGCCCCAGGAGCUGGACGCCAAGCCGGACGCACCCACGUCUCCCAAGAGGAGGCGGACCAGCUCGGCUGCCAGCGAUCCGAGUGGAGAGGACGAGCCGGACGUCAAGCAGCCGCCGGCGGACCCCGCGGCAACCCCUGUCCAGCAGCAGCAGCAGCAGCAGCCGCCACAGCAGCAGCCACAGCAGCCACAGCAAGAGCCGCAGCCGCAGCAGGUCCACCACCAGGUGCUGAUGCUGCACCAGGCCGGGACGCCGGCCGCCGUCGAGGUGGCGCCCGCGCAGCCGGGGCACCCCCGCGUCGUCGAGUACACCUACUACCCGCUCAACGAGCUGGCCGCCAUCCACGCCAUCCGGACGGCGCCCACGCACACCGUGCACCACACGCCCCAGAACGCGCCGCCCACCCCGGCCGCGGCCCAGCCGCAGGCACCCGCACCGGCACCCACCCAGGCACCCGCACCGGCACCCACCCAGGCACCCACCCAGGCACCCGCCACGGUACCCACCCAGGUGACCGCCCAGCCACCGGCCCAGGAAGAGGGCCACCCGGCCGCGGCCCACGGCGGCGGAAUGUACCCCCAGCACGGGUACCCGACGUCGGCCCAGUACUACCAGCAGGGCCACCCUCCUCAGGCACCCCACCGUCACGCGCACCCGCAGGCGCACCCGCAGGCCUUCCAGCAGGUCCAGCCCGGACGCCAGGGCGCCUAUCAGAUGGCAGUCAACGCGUCGCGACACGCUCAGUAUCAGGCCAGCUACCAGGAGGCGUACCACCACCAACAGCAGCAGCAGCAGCAGCAGUACCCGUACGGCAGGCCCGCCUACAAGCAGGAGUACCCGGGGUACCAGCAGUAUCCCGAGUACCACCAGCAGUACCCCGAGUACCAGGUGUACGCUGGUCAGCACGACGCCCAGCAACAUGGAGGACCCCGGGUAGAGUACCACGGCGGUUACCAGGGCUACCCCAACCGCACCGCCCCAGCCGCCGCCGGGCAGUACCCCCAGGGCUUCUACCAGCGCGCGCAGCCCGUGCAGCCGCAGGCACAGCACGCUUGGAACUGGUGCCAGCAGCAGCAGCAUCAGCAGCAGGAGCACCAGCAACAGGAGCAGCAGUACCAGGACUACGCUCACCACUACCACCACGAGAGCGGCCCGGCAGGGCUGGGCGGCCCGCCGCAAGCCAACCGCGCGCCGCAGUGGGGAGGGCAUGCCCAGGCCGUGCAGGCCCAGCCACAGGCCCAGCCGCAGCCACAGGCCCGCCUGCCGGCGUUCUACCCGACACAAACCAAGGCCCAGAAGCAGGAGAGCAAGCGCGCCAGGCAGGUGCAGGAGGAGGCCCAGAGGAUCUACGACGAGGCGCUUGCCAUGCAGAAGGCGCAGGACGCCCUGCGGCAACAGUUGCAGGCCGCCAAGGCCAAGGCGGUGGUGCCAGGGGCCGAUGCCAAGCCGCAGCAGCACGACGACGGCGCGCUGCACCAGGAGAAGGGCCAGGUCGUCGGGCAGAGCGUCGGCCAGGGUUUUGGGCAGAGUCUCGGGCACGGCGUCGGCCAGGGCGUCGGCCAGGGCGGAGGCGACGACCACCUCUGGGGCUACUACGACCAGGCGGGCCAGUGGGUCAUCCACCCGCAGUGGGGGAUGCAGGCCCCGGCCGCUCCCGCUCCCGCCCCCGAGCCCCGCCAGCCCAAGCAGAGCAAGAGGAAGCAACUCGAGCAGUACGAGCACGCCGAGAGCUACCACCCGAGCCAGUUGCACCAGCAGUGGAUGGGCAGCAACAACAACAACAACAACUUCAACAAGGGUUUCAACAAGCCUUGAGCCAGCCGUCACCGCAGGCCGUUGGAUUAAGUCUCGUAAGGCAACCCCCUCUUCUCGCGGGGAGACUCAAUCGCCUUAUCUCCAUACCCUCUAGGGCGAGCUCAAGACUCGUGGAGAUUGAAUUGAUUGAUUUGUUGUUGUUUUUUGUA